AUGGAACUAUUGACUGAACAUCAAUUGAAUAGCAUAUCAAGAUUAUCUCAUACACCUCAUCAUAUUGAAGAAGAACAAAUAUGUCUCCCUGAUUUAUUCUAUUCUGACUUAAACGAUAUUCAAAAAGCUAAACUAGUUACACUUAUUAAACAAUGUCCACAAGUUUUCACCGAGAAACUUGGUCGGACUCAUCUUGUUAAACACGUAAUCGAACUUCAACCAGGAACACAAUCCGCAAACACUCAACCAUAUCGUCUCCCCCCAUCUAAAAAAGCUAUAGUCGAUCAACAACUAGAAGAGAUGCUCCAAGCUGGUCAUAUUAUUCCUUCACAUAGUCCUUGGGCAUCUCCAAUCGUAUUAUCCCCUAAAAAAGAUGGUACACUCAGAUAUUGUGUUGAUUAUCGAAAGUUGAAUACUAAUACAAUUCGUACAGCAUAUCCUAUGCCUCAAGUUGACGAUACCCUUGAUUCACUCAGGGAAGCAGCGUUUAUUACUCAUCGCGGCCUCUAUGAAUUUUUAGUCAUGCCUUUUGGACUGUCUAAUGCUACUGCCACAUUUCAGAGAUUAAUGAAUCUUAUCUUAGCUGGAAUAAAAUGGCAGUCAUGUCUUGUCUAUAUAGAUGAUAUUGUCGUAUUCUCUUCCACCUUUGAACAACAUCUUAAAGAUUUAUCCUCUGUCUUUGAUCGUCUCAAAACUGCUGGACUUACUCUUAAAGCCUCAAAAUGUGAUUUUUGUAGAAAAGAAUUAAAGUACUUAGGACAUAUUAUUACUCCUGACGGUAUUAAACCUGAUCCCGGUCUAAUCGACUCCGUGAAACUUUUUCCUCAACCUACACGAUUAAAAGACAUUCAAUCAUUUUUAGGCUUAACUGGAUACUACAGAAAAUUUAUAAAAGAUUACGCUAAAAUACGUUCUCAUCAAAAAUCUAAACGUCCACCAAAUAACAUAGAAUGGUCUGUUGAAUGUACUAUAACCUUUGAACGAUUAAAAACUGCACUUACUCAGGCUCCUAUACUUCGAGCUCCAAAUUUUAAUGAACCUUUCAUUUUGGAAACAGAUGCCUGUGAUUAUGGUCUUGGUGCUGUCCUUACUCAAGAAUAUGAUAAUAAAAAAUUUGUUAUUGCUUACGCUAGCCGAACUCAAACAGCAGCUGAGAGAAAUUAUUUUCCUACAGAAAAAGAAGCUCUAGCUAUUUAUUGGGCCACCAAACAUUUUCGGCCCUAUUUAGAAGGUACAAAAAUCUAUAUUCGAUCUGAUUGUAGGGCACUACAAUGGCUUCUUGAAACAAAAGAUUCGUCUGGACGAUUAGCUCGAUGGGCAAUAAGUCUAUCAGCAUUUAACAUUGUUAGCAUCAAAUAUAAACCAGGAAAAACAAAUACAAACUCUGAUUCAUUAUCUCGUUAUCCUCUCUCUAAUCUAGCUGUGUUAAAUGGAACAACACCUACAUCUACACUCAACUUUUGGGACAAUUGUACUCUCCUCGAAAAUAUCCGAAUCGAACAAUAUAAAGACCCUCACCUUCAUAUUAUCAUUGAUAAAUUAUCAGGUCUCAGUCAUCCCUUCAUUAAUAAUCCCUAUCCCUCUUUUACUCUAAUUAACGGUAUUCUCUAUAAAUGUCGAUCUCCAUCAAAAAAUAUCUAUCAACAAUCAGUCCGACUUCCUCACUUACUCGUUAUUCCGAAAUCUAUGCAACAAGAACUCCUUCUUUAUCGUCUCUCAAGCCGAGUCUACUGGGAUACUAUGCGAAAAGAUGUCACUCAGUAUAUUCAAAGUUGUCAGUCAUGUCAGAAAUUCAAAUAUUCUAAUCAAAUAAUGAACUCUCCAUUACAAAUGCACAUCGUUCGAGAACCAUGGCAUACUAUUGGAGUGGAUAUUAUGGGACCGUUUUCUAUUACACAGCGUCAAAAACAAUACUUACUGGUAGUUGUUGACUAUUUUACUCGAUGGGUAGAACUAUUUCCUCUUAGAACAACGACUUCAUCUGAUAUCGCUAAUAUCCUAGUUAAUGAAAUUAUAUGUCGUUGGGGCUAUCCUACCUAUAUUCUUUCCGAUAAUGGUCCCCAGUUCAUUUCUGAACUAUUCACUAAUAUCUGUUCGUCCCUAGGCAUUAAAAAUAAAAAUACUUCUAAUUAUCAUCCGCAGACGAAUAUGACUGAACGAGUCAAUAGAAAUCUUAAACCAAUGUUAGCACAAUAUGCUCAAGAAAAUCCACAAUCAUGGGAUCAACAUCUAUCGAAACUUGCUUUUUCUAUUCGAACUUCAGUAAAUGGAACAACAGGUGAUACACUAGCAUAUCUUAAUUUUGGACGUGAUCCUAAAUUACCUCCACACCUACUCCUAACCACACCGACUCAUGAUGUACCUCUACUUCCCACAUCUCUAUCCUCAGAAAUCGAAAAUUAUAAACAACAACUUCGUCAUCAAUUACUUACAUCUCAUCAAUUUGCUCAAGAACAUAGUGAAGUAUGCAAACUUCAGCAGAAACAUCAGUAUGACAGUCAUAGUUCUAAACGUUCUUUUAAAGAAGGACAACUUGUUUGGGUUAGCAAUCCUUCAGUAUUAAAACAUGGAAAACUUGAUCCUCAGUAUCAAGGUCCUUGUCGCAUCACUCAAGUUCUUACUCCCUCUUCUUUUAUUAUUCAGCGUCUCUCUGACGGAGUAAAUUUAGGAGUCGCCAACAUUGAUCGACUUAAACCAUUUUAUGAACCGAAUGAUAUUCGUGUCAACAAUACACGAAAUACACCAGAUCAAACUUUAAAUACACACCCACAACCAUUGAUGAGUAUCGAUACAAGCAAUGCUACAAAUAUGAUUCCUUCUCGCCCGUCAAACAAUGAUGACCUCUCUCCGUCCACUAUUAUAUCAACGUCCGAUUCGAAUACAUAG